AUGAACUCUGUCGGCAGUUUAGAUGCCUAUGUAGAUGGUGCAGACGAAAUUGACCGUCAUAUGCAUAUGAUCAAAGGUGGUGGGGCUGCACUUACUCGCGAGAAAAUCGUAGCUUCAAUUGCGAGAAAAUUUGUUUGUAUCGUUGAUGACUCUAAGUGGGUCGAUCAAUUGGGGCGUGACUUCCCACUUCCGAUUGAAGUGAUUCCAAUGGCUCGUUCGGCUGUGGCACGUAAAAUUGUAGCGCUCGGUGGUGAUCCUGCUUACCGUGAAGGCGUGGUGACGGAUAACGGUAACGUGAUUUUAGACGUUUAUAACCUGAACAUCUUAAAUGCGCUUGAGCUUGAAAAAACCAUUAACGACAUUCCAGGUGUGGUGUGUAAUGGUAUUUUUGCAAUCAAUAAAGCAGAUGUGGCAGUUGUUGCAACAGACAGCGGUAUUGAAGAACGUACCGCUGUUUAA